AUGGACGGCUUCACGCCCGACACGGGGGUCGUCUUCAUCGGUGCCACAAACAGGGCCGACCUCCUGGAUCCCGCGCUGAUGCGUCCCGGCCGCUUCGACCGCAAGGUCCGCAUGCCAAAGCCCGACACCAACGGCCGCUACGAGAUCCUCAGGCUGCAGCUGCGCGACAAGAAGCUGGCGCGCGACCUGCCUGGGCUGGUGGGCGCUGACCUGGCCAACAUCGUCAACGAGGCCCAGCUCAGCGCCGUGCGCGCGGGCCGCACCGAGCUGACGCGGCGCGACGUCUACGCCGGGGUCGACCGCUUCACACAGGGCGAGCUGCGGCCGUCGCUGCCGACGAGCAACCGGCUGCCCGUGCUGGCGUUUGCGGCAAAGGAGGCCGGGAUCGCGCUCGUCGCGUCGCUGCUGCGCGCGCGCCACGGGCGCAUAGAGCCGGUCGAGCGCGUCUCGAUCCAGCCCAAAGGCCGCAGCCUCUCGCGCACGCUGUUCGCGCGCGGCAC